UCCCCCAUGUCAGUCUCGCAAAAAAUGUUAUUGUUGAGAUAGUUUAACGUAAAUAACGAGUUAUUUGUUGAAAUACAACAGCAAGAGGGCAGAAACCCAACUUGACACUAGAAACAUGUACUCUAAUAACAUUGUGACUGAAAGCGGUGAUACUUUUAUCCCUGCGUCGCAAAGACCCGAUGGAACUUGGCGCAAAGCUCGCAGAGUUAAGGAAGGUUAUGUGCCCCAAGAAGAGGUACCAUUGUAUGAAAGCAAAGGCAAACAGUUUAUGAAUAGAAACACAAAACCAGAACCGGUGAAAUUAUCAAGUGGUGAGACGGCCCAGCGUCCCAUACCUGGACUUUUUAUAAUUGAGGACAAAGAGAAGAAACAGGGGAAAAAGAAGAAUAAAAAUAAAGUGGAAGAAGUGACCAAACAAUUGCAACAAGUCACAGUUAGUGAGGUUCCACAAACGGACCCUGCGAAAAAAUUGAAGAAUUUGAAGAAGAGAUUAAGGGAAGUGGAAGCACUAGAGGAAAAACUAAAGAAUGGUUUAAUACCGAAACCGGAACCUGAGCAAUUGACGAAAAUACAAAGAAAAAACGACUUGUUGCUACAAAUCCGGGAAUUGGAAAAGCAAAUUGGAUAAGACACUUAAGUACAAACAGUUUUUAUGAAUGUUAAAGGGCGUUUACGAAAUAGUUUCUCACUGCCCACAACCACUAACCAUUUAAUGCCAUACCCACCCGUGCAAUAGGGGCUUCAAAUGGUUGAAAAUUUAUCCACUGUGAUAGAUUUCCUUGUGUCUCAUUUUAAAUAAAAAUCAUUGUCACUUUCA